AUGAUGCCGUUCAGACCGUCAAAAAGCGCUCUGCGCUCCAUUCACCUCCAAAGGCAGCUUGCCUCAUCCCGUCGGUCCUUCUCGACUUCGUUCGUGGCUUUGGCUGCCUCGCCCCACCGCUCUUCUCCUCAGAAGCGUGCUCAGAGCACAGCUACCGCGCCCUCUGAUUCUAGGCCCGUGCCGAGUCCGGCUUUCAAUCAAGAACCUCACCGCAAUGAGAUUUCGCCUCUCCAGAACCGUCAGCUCCCCGAGCUUGACGAUUCAAUGGUCGGCAUGAGUGGUGGUGAAAUCUUCCACGAGAUGAUGCUUCGCCUCAAUGUGAAGCAGGUCUUUGGUUAUCCUGGUGGUGCCAUUCUUCCCGUCUUCGACGCCAUCUAUAACUCCAAACACUUCGACUUCGUUCUCCCCAAGCACGAACAAGGCGCCGGCCACAUGGCCCAGGGCUAUGCCCGUGCCUCUGGCAAGCCCGGUGUUGUCCUCGUUACCUCGGGCCCUGGUGCAACCAACGUUGUCACCCCCAUGCAGGAUGCCCUGUCCGACGGAACCCCUAUGGUUGUUUUCUGUGGUCAGGUUCCGACCAGUGCUAUCGGAACCGAUUCUUUCCAAGAGGCCGAUGUCAUCGGUAUCUCUCGUGCUUGCACCAAGUGGAAUGUGAUGGUCAAGUCCGUUGGUGAGCUGCCUCGCCGUAUCCAGGAAGCUUUCGAAAUUGCCACUAGCGGUCGUCCCGGUCCCGUCCUCGUCGAUCUGCCCAAGGAUGUUACUGCUGGCAUCCUUCGCAACCCGAUUCCUAUGCACAGCACCAUUCCCUCCCUUCCCAGUGCCGCGACCAUGGCUGCUCGCGACAUGAGCCAGAAGCAGCUACAAGCCACCAUUGACCGUGUGGCUCGCCUGGUGAAUACCGCUGAGAAGCCUAUCCUCUACGUUGGUCAGGGUCUCCUCGCUCGCCCUGAUGGCCCUGAGAUUCUGAAGGAGUUUGCCGACAAGGCUUGUAUUCCCGUCACCACUACCCUCCAGGGUCUUGGUGGCUUCGAUGAACUCGACCCUAAGGCUCUCCACAUGCUUGGUAUGCACGGUUCUGCUUACGCCAACAUGGCCAUGCAAGAGGCGGAUCUGAUCAUUGCUGUCGGUGCCCGUUUCGACGAUCGUGUGACUCUUAGUAUCCCUAAGUUCGCUCCUCAGGCCAAGGCUGCCGCCGCUGAGGGCCGUGGUGGUAUUGUUCACUUCGAGAUUAUGCCCAAGAAUAUCAACAAGGUCGUCCAGGCCACCGAGGCCGUUGAAGGUGACUGCGCCGACAACCUUCGUCUUCUCCUGCCGCAGGUCGCACCCGUUGCUGAGCGUCCCGAGUGGUUCGCGCAGAUCAACGACUGGAAGUCUCGUUUCCCCCUGUCUCUCUACGAGCGCCAGGUCGAUGAUGGUCCCAUCAAGCCCCAGAGCGUGAUUGAGAAGCUGAGCGAUCUCACCGCUCACAUGAAGGACAAGACCAUCAUUACUACCGGUGUUGGCCAGCACCAGAUGUGGGCUGCUCAGCACUUCCGCUGGCGUCACCCCCGUACCAUGAUCACUUCUGGUGGUCUUGGUACUAUGGGUUACGGUCUGCCCUCCGCCAUCGGUGCCAAGGUGGCUCGUCCCGACUGCCUGGUCGUCGACAUUGAUGGUGAUGCCUCUUUCAACAUGACUUUGACUGAGCUCUCCACUGCUGCUCAGUUCAACAUCGGCGUCAAGGUCCUAUUGCUGAAUAACGAGGAGCAGGGCAUGGUCACCCAAUGGCAGAAUCUGUUCUAUGAGGACCGCUACUCCCACACCCACCAGCAGAAUCCCGACUUCGUUCCUCUUGCCCGCGCUAUGCGUGUUGCUGCUGAGCGUGUCUCUAAGACCUCCGAGGUCGAGGCCAAGCUGAAGUGGCUGAUCGAGCAGCCCGGUCCUGCUCUUCUGGAGGUCAUCACUGACCGCAAGGUCCCCGUUCUGCCCAUGGUGCCCUCUGGCCGUGGUCUUCACGAGUUCCUGGUUUACGAUGAAGCCAAGGAGAAAGAGCGCAAGGAAACCAUGCGGAAGCGCAAUGUUGACUUCAAGGUUAACUACCGCGACUGA